AGCUGCUUUAACUUUUCAUUUAUAAGUUAGUACGCAUAGACCUUCGUGGUUAUAGAACUCAGACUCAAGACCUUCACGAAAGUCAACCUUACGAUACCCGGACUCCGAUAAGCUAGUACUAGUAUACAAAAUGCCCACCAUCCCAGCCCGUCGCUCCGCUCAUCAACGACUGCACGUCGGCCAAUCAAUCAAGAUCAUUAACACAUCCGGAAGCCAAGUCAUCGACACCUGGGCAUUCACCAUCCCAUCAACUCCCAUCUUCCCAAGAUACAUGUCAAUGGCACACACUCGACCCACCUUACAGAAACUUCUCCCAUCUGUUAACGAAUCAUUCGUCGACAACAACCGGAACCCUAUUUUGACCAUCGUCGAGGACACAUCUCCCGGCACGCACGACGUUCUCUACGCUGCUUGCUCUCCAGAACGAUACCUCGAACUUGGUGGUACCGCGGACCAUGAUAACUGUGCCCAGAACCUUCGCGAUGCUGUGCAGCAGUGUGCUGAGCCAGCGUUCAGCCAUGUGUUGGGGUUGCUUGAGAGUGGAUGGACCCCUGAUCCGCUGAAUCUGUUCAUGAAGGUCGAUAUUAAUGGGAAUAAGUUGCAGGUUUUGGAGCCGGACAGUAAGGUGGGGGAUUAUGUGGUUUUGAGGGCGGAGCAGGAGUGUGUUGUGUUUAUGAGUGCUUGUCCGAUGGAUUUGACGGCUUGUAAUGGGGCGGGGCCUAGUAGUGCGGAGUUUGAGGUUGUUUAGGUUUGAGUGAAUGUGUACUCAAGUUGGUGUUGUUAAUCUUCAGGGCAGGGAU